GCGGUGGCGGGUGAGCCGCUGCAGCUGCCGCCGGCGUCUCAGGGGCUGCAGGCUGCAGGCGGACGCAACGCUGUGCGAUUCCGAAGCCCAGCCAAGCCAGGCCGCCCGGCCCUGGCCCCCAGCGGGCGUCGCCGCUCCUCGUCGCCUUGACGCCUGGCCCAGCGCUGCGGCGCAGGACUACCGGUGCCCCGCAAGUUGCGAGCGCACUCUGCGCCUGGGGAAACUUUACCCCGCGGCCGAGUCUCUACCAGAGUUGCCCUGAACCUGUCAUCAGGAGACUUCAAAAGGAUCUCUUAGUUCCUUCCCAGAAAGGAAACGGACAGCUGGAAGAGGACAAUCUGGGCUACUGAGAGACAUACCUAACCCUCCACUAACUAGGAGACUUCGUCCUUCCGACUACUGGAGAGCUGCCCAGGUGAAGAACCAUGGAGGGCGACUGUCUGAGCUGCAUGAAGUACCUGAUGUUUGUUUUCAAUUUCGUCGUAUUUCUGGGAGGCGCUUGCCUGCUGGGCGUCGGCAUCUGGGUCCUGGUGGAUCCCACCGGCUUCCGAGAGAUCGUGGCUACCAACCCCCUGCUGACCACCGGCGCCUAUAUUGUACUGGCCAUGGGUGGUCUGCUGUUUCUUCUGGGCUUCCUAGGCUGCUGCGGGGCUGUCCGAGAGAACAGGUGUCUGCUGCUAUUUUUUUUCCUGUUUAUCCUGGCCAUCUUCCUGGUAGAGCUCUCAGCAGCCAUCCUGGCCUUCAUCUUCAGGGAACACCUCACACGAGAGUUCUUCACCAAGGAGCUUACCAAGCACUACCAAGGUGACAAUGACACAGACGUUUUCUCUGCCACCUGGAAUUCGGUCAUGAUCACAUUUGGCUGCUGUGGGGUCAACGGACCUGAAGAUUUCAAGCUGGCCUCGGUGUUUCGGCUGCUGACGCUGGACACUGAGGAGGUGCCCAAGGCCUGCUGUCGGAGGGAACCCCAGACUCGAGAUGGGGUGGUGCUGAGCAGGGAGGAGUGCCAGCUGGGGAGGAAUCCGUUCAUAAACAAGCAGGGCUGUUACACAGUGAUCCUCAACACCUUCGAAACCUAUGUCUACCUGGCUGGAGGCUUUGCCAUUGGGGUACUGGCUAUGGAGCUUUUCCUCAUGAUCUUUGCCAUGUGCCUCUUCCGGGGCAUCCAGUAGGCCUUGGCCUGAAGACACUCAGCCCACCACUGCCCAGAAGCCAGCCCCUCCCUUCCCUGUCUUCUGGCCCCAGGGGAGGAAGCAAGGCCAGCCCAAACGGCCAGGAGCAUAGAGCUAAUUUUUUAAAACAAAACAGACAUGAACUGAAGGCUCUAAGGCAAAGGGCAUGGGCUUUACAAGGACCUAGGGCUGGCCUGGGACCAGCUGUUCCUGAGACCAAAGGUUCCUCAGCCUCAGAGCCCCUUGGCCCUGUCAGACUGGAGUGUCCCUUGGCCUGGGUCCCCUCUCUUAGUAUUUCCAGGAUCUGAGCAACCAGGAGGCAGAAACACAUCCUGGAGGAGGAGCCAAUGCUCAGGCCCUAAGGAGCCGGCUUUUCACAACACAAGGACAGACUCUGCAGCACCACCUGCCGGAGAGUGAAUCUGUCCCUGCUCCUGGCUGGCUGAGGGUGGCUGGCUGUGUGUGGACACUGGAUCAGAAGGUGGCUCUUUCAUUUCCUCGUAUUUUGGAUCAAAGCCUCUCCAUGGCUCAGAAAAGGGCAGUGGCCAGUCCACAGUCACACAGCAUGUGCAUGACAAGGUCAUCUCCAGGCUGCUGUCACUCCAGCCAGGACUCCACCCCAAUGUAAACUGGCCAGGAACUGCCCCCACCAAGCUCUACAGCUGAGAAAAGUCCAUACUGUGUCCGCUCUGCCCUGCUUGUACCUCUGUCAGAGAUCCAACUGUGAUAAAUCGCCUGUUCCCGUGGGCCAUGCCCCACCCCUGUUCUCCCAGGUGGAAGACACCCCCACUGUUGUUCAUUUCUCUCUUUCCACCCAGAGCUGAGGCUUGGAUGUGUUCUUCAAGGUCCCUGCCACGAAUUCAUCCCUUGCAUACCUCCACAAACGGAUGGAGUUCACUACCUCCCAGUGCAGCUUCCUGCCUUCAGAUGUUCUGACGUCACCAUCACCUCAGCAGAUAGAAGGGGUUUCCGUUUUUCCGUCUGUGUACCCCUUCAUUCUCUCUCCUUCCUAGAGGUUAAGGUCAUGCCUCUUGUCUGCAGACUUAAACCCCGCAGCAUCUCCUGCCGUGACACUUUCUGACCUUUUGCUGUACAUGUAUUUUGUUAUUCUCUCUAGGCUCAGAUUACCCAGACUAACAGGUUCACAACACACACACACACACACACACACACACACACACACACACACACACACACACGACUUAAACUGCAGACUAGAUUAGCAAGUAGUCACAAGAUGCCUGACCCUGCCGGGAAUGUGUUGAAUCCGUUAGUGUUGUCUGUCAGGAUCUCAAGUUUGAUUAAUUAUGUCUGCCAAGGGCACAGCAGGGGAAAGUUGUGGAAGGAACAGCUUGGUGCCUGCUCUCCUCUCUCAGAUGGAAGAAGCUGGCCUGAACUCCAGCCUCCCUUUGCCCUCCUGCCACCUGCGAGUCAUAGCCAUAGCCUGUUCUAUGCUGCUGCCUGGGUUCAAGGGGCUACUUCUCCCAUUUCCUCUGCCGUUCAUGUGGUUCUCACCCAUCCUGGCCUUGAGGGGGGGGGUGUGUCUCGGAGUGCCAUACAGAAGUUGUCUUUAUGACAGCUUACUUGGCAUCCUCAUAAAUGAAGCUGUGAGCUCUUAAGAGGCUGAGUCAUCAGGUCAGGGGACCCCUCUGCUGGCUCCCACCCCAGACCAAGAAGACCCAGGCUGACUCAGAACCCGGCACAUACUGGACUCCAACUGUCUAGGAAGGCAAAUGGCUCAGCUGUUGAUUGGAAGCUCAUGGCCAGGCUGAGGACAGAACCCAACCACAGCAGCUGCCACCUAGAACUAGCCCAGGCUUCCAGAGACGGGCAGGGAUGGGACACAGGGGGCUGAGAAGGCAGAUAUCAAGCCUAGGCAAUUCCAGGGCAGAUCAGAGACUCUCACCAGACCUUCCCACACUUAUGCUGAAGCACUCCCAAGUAACCCAGAUUCAGCUCAGCUCCUCCGCAUCUUCACAGGGACCAGACAGACAGUCUUCACCCCCUGAGGUUGCUAGUGGCCGUUACAAGGCUGUCUGAGGUCCUCCUGGAGGAGCUUGGUGAGCUGCUCUGUGUACUCCCAGGUGAGUGGAGGGGAGCUCUCCCAAGCGGACCCCUUCCUUCACCUCUCAUCCCAAGACCAACAGCCUCACCUAGAGGCUGAGACCUUCACCCAGUAGUGAGCUGAACAGCCCCUUCCUAUCCCAGAGCCACUUGCCUAAGUGACAGCUGUAUCUGACAGGCAAGAAGCUAAGACUGGAUCUGUGGCUCAUGCUCCUCAGCGCCCUGUCCCAAGACCCUGGCCUACUUAGGUUCUGAGCCCAGCAUCUUCGCGCCCAGGAACUCUGUCUGUCUCACACACACACACACACACACACACACACACACACGUCAUAUGCUAAAGUCUAUUUUGGAAUUUGUAAAUGUCCCUUGCAGUAGGAAACAGAGCUAAUUUAUCAUUGUAUCUCCCGAGUCCCCCCUUUUUAUAUUCUAUAUCGAGAGAAAUUUUGUAAUAUAAAACAGGACACCA